AUGGAGACCGUGGUGGAGACAGGACGCCUGAGGAAAAACUCCUGGAGCGAGAUCUGUGCGGAGCAUGUCGUCAAGAAGGUCGAGUCGCACUUGUUGGGCUGCUGCGGCAGAAGCUGUGGCUGGAACGGGAGGACAUGCCUUCACUGGCCCUUCAUCCCGCCUGCCGAGCAGGACGCUUGGAAAGCUGAGUGUUGUGUUGAAGCAAACAUAGUGAGAGGCUCAGCGAGGGAGCAAAUGUGCCUGAGUAUCCUGCCGGAUGAGCAAGCGCAGCAGAAGUAUGUGGAGGAGGACUUGAAAGAUCCAGAUCCAGGCUUUGCUUCAAGUCUUGGAGAAGAUGAGCAUUUGGUUUGGACCGAGAAGGGUGCCUGGUACUUUCGCUACGACUCCUUGAAGCCACAGGGCCAACAAGUGGUGUGUCACACCUACACAGACAAGAAAUGCAGCGACUCUCCGAGGAAGCCCCCUCUUCCAAAGAAGCUUGCGGAGCAGAAGAGGCGGCUGAGCCUCGACAAGAUAUGGUUCUGGCACACAAAGCCGAAUCCCUGA